AUGAAGUAUGUUCUUGUAACUGGAGGAGUUGUUAGUGGACUUGGUAAAGGUGUUACAGCAAGUAGUAUUGGUUUACUUCUCAAAGCUUGUGGACUUCGUGUCACUGCUAUCAAAAUCGAUCCUUACUUGAACACAGAUGCUGGAACAAUGUCACCUAUUGAACAUGGAGAAGUUUAUGUGUUGGAUGAUGGUGGUGAGGUGGACCUGGAUCUUGGAAACUAUGAGCGCUUUAUGGAUGUUAAGUUGACCCGUGAUAAUAACAUAACUACAGGAAAGAUUUACCAGUCUGUCAUUGAUAAGGAGAGAAGAGGAGACUAUUUAGGAAAAACUGUACAGGUUGUCCCUCAUAUAACUGAUGCUAUUCAAGAUUGGAUAGAAAGAGUGGCCCACGUACCAGUGGAUGGAAAAGAAGGUCCAGCUGAUGUAUGUGUCAUAGAAUUGGGUGGAACCAUAGGUGAUAUUGAGUCCAUGCCUUUUAUUCAAGCAUUAGGACAUUUUUCAUAUAGAGUAGGUGCUAGCAACUUUUGCUUGGUUCAUGUUAGCCUUGUUCCUGUUUUAAAUGUUGUUGGUGAACAAAAAACAAAACCAACACAACAUAGUGUGAGAGGACUUAGAAGCCAAGGGCUGACUCCUCAAAUCUUGGCAUGCCGCAGCACAAUGGCACUAGAUGAGAAUGCAAAGACGAAGCUCUCUCAAUUUUGUCUACUUCCGGGGGAAAAUAUAAUCACUCUUUACGAUGUUCCCAACAUAUGGCACAUUCCUUUGCUUUUAAGAGAUCAAAAGGCUCAUGAAGCAAUAUUUAAAGUGCUGAAUCUUACAGGUAUCGCUCAAGAGCCCAAUUUAGAGGAAUGGACUUGUAGAGCUGAAUCUUCUGAUUUACUUCAUGAACCAGUUCGUAUAGCGUUAGUCGGGAAAUAUACUUGCCUUUCAGAUUCCUACCUCUCAGUUCUAAAGGCCUUAGUUCAUGCUUCUGUUAGUUGCCAAAAGAAACUUGUUGUGGACUGGAUUUCAGCUACAAACCUCGAAAACGCGACUGCUAAAGAGAAUCCUGAUGUUUAUAAGGCAUCAUGGAAGUUAUUAAAGGGUGCUGAUGGUAUUCUUGUUCCUGGAGGCUUCGGUGAUAGAGGAGUGCAAGGAAAAAUUAUCGCAGCUAAAUAUGCUCGAGAAAACAGAAUUCCGUACCUUGGCAUUUGUCUUGGAAUGCAAGUUGCUGUCAUAGAAUUUGCGCGAUCCGUGCUUGGUUUAAAAGAUGCUAAUAGUACUGAAUUUGAUCCAAAUACCAAAAGUCCAUGCGUCAUAUUUAUGCCUGAGGGAUCGAAAACACAUAUGGGAGGCACCAUGCGCCUUGGAUCGAGGAGGACAUAUUUCCAAACUAAGUUAUGCAAAUCUGCAAAACUGUAUGGCGGCAAAAGCUUCAUUGAUGAGAGACAUCGGCAUAGAUAUGAGGUGAACCCUGAUUUGGUAACUAGCCUUGAAAAUUCCGGUCUUUCCUUUACCGGAAAGGAUGAAACUGGUCAACGCAUGGAGAUUGUUGAGAUACCGAAUCAUCCUUAUUUUGUCGGUGUCCAAUUCCAUCCGGAGUUCAAAUCAAGACCAGGAAAGCCUUCUCCAGUGUUCUUAGGGUUUAUAGCAGCCGCGUGUGGACAACUUGAAGCUGUUUUACAACAUUCUGCAAGGGGAGUAAGCAGUGAUAAUAUUUCAUCAGGCAAAACAUAUCAAAAUGGAUCAGCAACAAAACCACAAGCUUUUAGGCCAGAAUAUGUAUAUGGCAAUGGAAAUGGAUUUCAUUACUAA